AUGUACAAGGUUACCCAAGGAAACCAGACACCAGGAGCAGGGUCACCUGCAACGGAUCCACGGCUGACAAAGCACCACCAGGAGUGGCUGCAGCCACAGAGAUGCCAGUGUUAACGUUUCUUCUAAGUUUUUGUUUCCUGCUUUCCACGGAAGCCUUUUACUUCCACGUGGGGGAACGAGAGGAAAAGUGCAUCAUAGAGGACAUUCCAGGCGACACGCUGGUGACAGGGACUUUCAAGACACAGCAGUGGGACACAGAUCGGCAUGACUUCCUUCAAUCCGCCCCUGGUUUGGGGAUGUUUGUGACUGUUACAACUUACAAUGAUGAGGUAUUGUUGUCAAAGCUAUAUGGCCCACACGGAACAUUCUAUUUUACUUCACAUUCACCUGGAGAACACAUCAUUUGCUUAGAAUCUAAUUCUACAAGGCUUGUGUCCUUCGGAGGGAGCAAGCUGCGGAUCCACUUAGACAUUCGAGUUGGAGAACACGACCUUGAUGCAGCCAUUGCUCAAGCAAAGGACAAAGUUAAUGAAGUGAGCUUCAAGCUUGAACAUCUAAUUGAGCAAAUUGAGCAAAUAAUCAAAGAACAAAACUAUCAAAGGGACCGUGAAGAAAAAUUUCGAAUAACCAGUGAAGAUACAAAUAGCAAUGUUUUAUGGUGGGCAUUCGCACAGACACUAAUCUUUAUCUCAGUUGGAAUUUUCCAAAUGAAGUACCUUAGAGACUUCUUCAUAGCUAAGAAACUUGUUUAAAGUAUUAAUAAAGGCAAAUAACUACCUUCUAACCUGCAUAACGCUUAAUAAAUCAA